UAUUUAAGAGUCAGGCUGUGGGAUACCUAGUUAGAAUAACACCGAAAAUGCCUCGUGUAAAAGCAGCGCAAGCUGGAAGACAGGGCCCUGCAAGGAGACGUCUUGCAGAACAGUUUGCAGCUGGGGAGAUAAUAACUGACAUGGCGAAAAAAGAAUGGAAACUUGGAUUACCCAUUGGCCAAGGUGGCUUUGGUUGUAUUUAUCUUGCUGAUAAGAAUUCUUCAAAAUCGGUCGGCAGUGAUGCACCCUGUGUUGUAAAAGUGGAACCCAGUGACAAUGGACCCCUUUUUACUGAAUUAAAGUUCUACCAACGAGCUGCUAAACCAGAACAAAUUCAGAAAUGGAUUCGUGCCCAUAAAUUGAAGUACCUGGGUGUUCCUAAGUAUUGGGGGUCUGGUCUGCAUGAUAAAAAUGGAAAAAGUUACAGGUUUAUGAUAAUAGAUCGCUUUGGGAGUGACCUUCAGAAAAUAUAUGAAGCAAAUGCCAAAAGGUUUUCUCGGAAAACUGUCUUGAAGCUAAGCCUAAGAAUUCUGGAUAUUCUGGAAUACAUUCACGAACACGAGUAUGUACACGGGGAUAUCAAAGCCUCGAAUCUGCUCCUGAGCUACAAAAAUCCUGACCAGGUUUACUUGAUAGAUUAUGGCCUUGCUUAUCGGUAUUGCCCAGAAGGAGUUCAUAAAGAGUACAAAGAGGAUCCCAAAAGAUGUCAUGACGGCACUAUUGAAUUCACAAGCAUUGAUGCGCACAAUGGUGUGGCCCCAUCGAGACGUGGUGAUUUGGAAAUACUUGGCUACUGCAUGAUCCAGUGGCUCAGUGGCCAUCUUCCUUGGGAGGAUAAUUUGAAAGAUCCUAACUAUGUUAGAGAUUCCAAAAUUAGAUACAGAGAAAAUAUUGCAAGUUUGAUGGACAAAUGCUUCCCUGAGAAAAACAAGCCAGGUGAAAUUGCUAAAUACAUGGAAACAGUGAAGUUACUGGACUAUACUGAAAAACCUCUUUAUCAAAAUUUACGAGAUAUUCUUUUGCAAGGACUUAAAGCUAUAGGAAGUCGGGAUGAUGACAAACUGGAACUCAGCGUUGUGGAAAAUGGAGGCUUGAAAGCAAAAACAGCAACAAGGAAGAGAAAGAAGGAAAUUGAAGAAAGCACAGAAUCUAGUGUUGAAGAGAUGGAAUGUUCAAACUCACAGACAGAGGACGCCACACAGACCCGUUCAAGAACCAGAAAGAGACUCCAGAAGUAAAUCAAAUGCCAUGAACCAAUUUUCCUUUUUUUCCUUUCAUUGGACUUUUGUAUUGUGUUUUAUUUUUGUGAGUCUUGUGCAGUGGAAGCAGUAAUUAAAUAUCUAUGUCUUUGGAAAACAAACUUAAAGAAAAAUACUUUGUACAAUUUAUUAAAGGCUAACGUAUGGAAUUCCCAUAUCGUCAAGUUAUACUCUUUAAGCUUUCUCAAGCUGUGUGUGUUUGAGGUUUGGGAGUCCAUGUAAGAAAAAUGACUAUAGAUGAUGUGCACUCUUCUAAUCACUGUGCGUUUCCUAGAAUGGAUAAAAAUGUCUGUCAAAGUCCUCACUUUUAAGGAAAUGCAAAACUUAAAAUAAAAGUCUCUUUUUGCUUGA